AUGAUGUCCCUACGAGCCAUUUCUCUCAUGGGCCUCGCCCUUCUGCGCACCACCACCAACGCCGUUCCGGUAAGCUCCGCCGCCGCCACGCCCGGCUUCCAGGUCUGGGCCGAUCCCGAGUUCUCCGGCAAAUUCAAACACUACACUGGCAUCGCGUUUGAUCAGUGCUAUACAUUUGGCGCAGACUUCCCCGCCGGCACGCCCGGCGGUGUCUCAUCCAUCAAGGCAGACCACCUCAACGAGUGCCGCAUCUUCCCCGGGAACGACAACGACGCCCUCUGGGUCAUUGGGAGCUAUCACGACCUCGGUAACCCCGAGGUCGGCUGGGAUGACCGGGCGCAGAGCUUCAAAUGCACUUACUGCCCGACGUGUAACAACUAA